AUGACAACUCAAACGCCACGAAAGAAACGGGUGGUGGUAAUUGGCUCAGGUCUCGCAGGGCUAACAGCAGCAUAUCUCCUCCACAACGAUCCAAAGUGCGAAUAUAGUGUCGAAAUAUUCGAAUCUGUAUCCCGUCUCCCAUUUUCCCCCUCUCCACUCACACAUCCUCCGUACUGACAGAUGAAUGAAUGAAGGGGUCCCGCCCAUCACUAGAUGCAACGACCCUUCCUACCAACUUCGGCUCGGAAAUUGACAUUCCUAUGCGGACAUUUUCAAAAACCUACUAUAGCACGCUAUAUACCCUGUACAAACACUUGAACCUCCCAAUCCGUGUGCAAAAGUUUACUUUUAUCUUCACCACUCUCUCCUCUACUCAAUCGCAACCAAAAACCUAUCACGCACACUCCAGCAACUUCCAUGCCCUCCCCUUGCCUGCACCUGAUGUCAGCCUGCUUUCCCAUAUCAUGGCACUAGCAAUGUUGUACCUAGCAUACUCCUGCUUCACCCUUUACAUCCUGCUUCUUCAUCCACAUGAGAAUGAAACACUAUCAUCCUGGUUGCACCGGAGUCGGUUACCGGGAUGGGCAGUAGAGGACUACUUUCUGCCAAUGUUCGGUGCAGUUGGAACCUGUAGUUCUGCGGAAUUACUCUUGUUCCCAGCUCAGGACGUAAUAACAUACUGUCGCAAGCUACUCUUUCGCAGAAACUAUAUUGUGGCCGGUGGUGUGAGCACUAUCCGGCGACGGCUUCUUUCUGGCAUCCCUAUCCAGCUGAACCGCCGCGUUAGCAGGGUCCGCAAGACCCCGCAGGGCCUUAAUAUAUGUUGGCAUGGGAGUGGUGGGAAGGAAGAAGUAGCAGAUGCGGUAAUCUUUGCUGUACCUCCUGACAUCGUUGCAGGCAUAUAUACUCCGUUAGCACCACAACUAUUACAGAUACCAACAACUAAGGUAAAGGUUUAUGCACACACUGAUAGAACAAUACUAACGCCCUCCUACCCCGACCUCUCUUCAUCUUUCAUGAGAAGGAAAGACCAUGUUCCAGUACAACUCAUAACAACAAGCAGGCUUACUAGUGCAACAGAGAUACAUGGUGGAGUUAUGGUUAGUACAACACCACCAUUGUUGCCAAGAAAGAAUGAAGUAAUUAUUGAGGCGGAGUAUACAAGAGUGUUGAGAACACCUAAAAGUAGGAGGAUCGUAAAUGCACUUUUGGAUGGAAGCUGUGAGGAUAAGGGAGGAUGGAGGAAUGGAGAUGACGGAGUUUGGAUAGUAGGUGGAUGGUGCUGGGAUGGGAUGGUUUUGCUUGAAGGUUGUAUUAGAAGUGCAGUUAGAGUUUGGGAAGAGGGAUUUGGGGGCAAUUUUGAGGAUUUGGAAAGGGUUGCCAGU